UGCAAUGUCGACAGUCGAUGUCGCUCACGUUUCAGAAUUAUUUAUAAAUUUUCAAUUCUAUAAAUAAACAUUAGUAAAAUUAACAUACAACGCGCUUUCUUUAUAGUUAAGAUAUUAUGAUUGUGUAAAACCAAUACGUACGUAAAUGCGACGCGUUUAAAAUGUUUUCGGCGUCUCAGACAUUGUUUUGGUUUCGAGCGUUGCAAAACAUGUUUUAAAAAGCAAAACACUAGCUUAUUUUCGAUUUUUAAAGUGUUAUUAUCAAAUAAAACGAUUGACACAGUGCACUAAUAUUAAUCUUAGUAGUACAAAGGUUGUUUCGCCUAUUAAUUACACCUUUUAUCAGUGUUAAUUUUAUCUCUUUAAAACGACGAUUAUGCAAACGGUUUAACUGUUUUUGUAGUUGUAGUAAAGUGUUAAAAUACGGAAAUGCCUGGGAAAAUAAAAGUUAAGGUGUUAGCGGGGCGUAACUUGCCUGUUAUGGAUAGGGCCAGUGAUACAACCGAUGCUUUCGUGGAGAUAAAGUUCGGUGGGAUAACGCAUAAAACCGACGUCUGCCGGAAGUCACUGAACCCUCAGUGGAAUAGCACCGAAUGGUACAGAUUUGAGGUGGACGAAUCAGAACUACAAGACGAGCCCCUUCAGCUGCGCCUUAUGGACCACGACACGUAUUCUGCGAACGACGCCAUUGGCAAGGUGGUCAUCAGCCUCGCCCCGCUACUGGCCCGGGAGGCCAAUAAUGCCAACGGCGCGGCAGGGCUACCUGGAGGUGCAGUGAUGUCGGGCUGGAUCCCGGUGUUCGACACCAUGCACGGUAUACGAGGCGAGCUCAACGUGAUUGUCAAAGUGGAGCUGUUCUCAGACUUCAACAAGUACAAGACGUCCAGCUGUGGAGUGCAGUUCUUUCACUGUCCAAUGAUACCACCCGGGUACAACGCGACGGCUAUCCACGGCUUCGUCGAGGAGUUGAUCGUGAACGACGACCCGGAGUACCAGUGGAUCGACAAGAUAAGGACUCCUCGAGCUUCCAACGAGGCCAGGCAGGUCGCCUUCAUCAACCUCAGCAACCAGGUACAACGCUUAGUGGGACUGAAGGCGGCAGAGUUAGGAGCGAACGCAGUGGUGGGUUACCAACAGGACUUCGACUUGGAAGGGGAAGCAGGUGUGGUGGCUCGGGCCAUUGGUACCGCUGUCAGCAUAACUCCGCUACCUACCCCGAGCGUACCCUUAAACAUCACUUGCACGCAACAACAAUUAAAAAAAUACUUGGACAUUUUGGCGACAGACGAGGAAAGUAUAACAGACUUGCAAGAAUAUUAUCAAUCUCAUCAAGAAGAGUUGAUGAGAAUAAUAAGCAUCUUGAAUCCUCAAGCUCCACUACUUUUGGAUGACCCAGAUACUUUUGACGAUGAUGAAAAAAGCCUCGAAGGUCAAGCAAAACCAACAACACCAUCAAAAAGUUACACUGGUGAUCUCUCUAUUUACCAAGAUAAUUACGUUGCACAAAAAAGCCUUAGACACCUUUCCGAAGAUCAAAUAGAUCUCGACAAAUUACUUAAUAGGCCGGAACCACCAGAAUCAAUUAACCCUCUAAAAACAAUCAAAAAGAUAAAAAACAAUUUAUUCUCGAAAAAGUUCACUAAACGCUCGUCUAAACCAGACAUACAAGACGAUCAAAUAUCUAUUAAAUCAACUUCGUCCGACACAUCGCGUAUAUCUAUAUCAGAUAUCAAAAAAGAGAUUAAAAAGAUAAAGAAACUGAAAAUGCCAAAGAUUAUAACCGAAAUAACAGAAGACGACGGUGUGGGUAUGGCUUCUAUACUAGCUCGAUCCGUUAUACACGCUCAUACUAGCCUCGCUUGUAUUAAGGAAAGUCAAGACUCUGAGAAUUCCCCAAGCUCUACCUUGAGAAGGACUAGUGAAUCUGAGCCGAAUGUGACCAUUUCAGAUGAUGAUAAAACACGACCUCAAUCGAGUACAGGAAAUGUACCAGAAAACGACAUAAAAAAUAUACCAGAAAUACAUUGCGGCUCAUUAGAAAAUAUUAAGAGCAACGAAACUGCUCCACGCGAACGCAAAAUAUCAGAGUCAUGUCCAACAACUCCCAUUGUUUCGAGAAAUGAAAAUCUUCUCAAAUUGCCUGGAGAUAAUGAUUUUUAUGGUUCCGUUUCAUCUGCUCUUUCGGUUGAAAGUUCAGAAAUAUAUUCAUCUUCAGACGAAGAUGACGAAAGUUAUGAUAUGAAAAGCGACGUAGAACAAAUGGAUACAACGAGUUCUGUUAUUCAAUCUGUUCUUAGCAAUGUCAACUUUAUGACUGAAAUGGACAGAAAACAAACCGCUUCAGAGAUGUCAUCUCUUGAAAAUAACAAUGAUCAAAAAAUUACAAAUGUUCAAAAUUUAAAAGAUUCCGAAACGAAAACCAACAUUCUUACUACUGGGAAGGAGCUGGAAGUCAAUGCCCAAUCGUUAUUGACUGGAGAUAAACCAACGUGUGUACCUUUAAAGUCAAAUAAUUCUCAUUCUAUCAAACUCCAUAAUCCCUUUGCACAUAAAAAGGUAUCAAAAAGUAUAAGCGCACCUUCUUCUCCCGUAGAAAAGAGCAGUUUUAUAUACCGAUCUUCAAAAAAAAUUAAGCGACAGCUGUCGAAAUUUUCUAAGAACAGCAUGAUUAAAAGUUUAUCGCAUUAUUCGUUGUUACCCAAGAAAAAGCACGUCGACCCUAAAACUGCUAUAAGCCAACCUGGGUCUGCUUCUGAUGUUACAUCUAAGGUUCCUAGUGACACAGUGUUAGGUUCACCUUUUUUAUCCUAUACAGAUUUGCUCAGUCUAGAUAAACAAGGUUUUACCUCUAUGAACCAGCUCCAUAAGAGCGACGAGCAUGUCGCGUCUAAGGCCUUCAUGUACAUAGGAUCAGAACCGGUUUCAAGAUCAUCUUUAAGCGGCCCAUCAUUCAGUAGGGACGAAAAUAAUUUUAUUGAUCAUAAACCCUUUAAGAAAGAACAUACUAAACUUAAACCUGCCGGUCUUGUUCAUACUGCCAUGGAGACUAUACUGAUGGACAAGGUAGAAUCGUUGUUGGUACCAACAAGCCCAGAUCCGUUUAAAACCGAUAAUACAAAAUUUUUCGACGAUGUCAAUGAAAAAUUGGAAAAAGUUCAGGGAGCUGAAAUAAAACCUAAAGGGUUAAUUCAUUCUGCCUUAGAAACAGUGUUAAUUGAUAAAAUAGAAUCUCUGUUGUUACCAACAACGCCUGAUGCUGUAAGAGGUGACGAAAAUAAAUUUUUCGGCGAUCCAAAACCUAAACCCCAUUCUGAAGAUGUUCUUAUUAAAACAAAAGUGGAUAGGGAAAUAAUAGAAUCUAAAGGUCUUGUGCAUUCUGCUAUGGAAACAAUGUUAAUUGACAAAGUGCAAUCACUAAUGAUGCCUGCAACACCCGAGGACGUUAAAACUGGCGAUAAAGAAUUUUUCAAGGAUGCGAUUGAAGAAAAAAAUUUAAAAUUCAAGGCUGAAGACCUGGCACACAGCAAUUAUCCUGAAACAAAUGACACUAAUAUUGAAAUUAGGAAAUUCAAUGAAUUAGAAAAUGUCCAAGCUGAUGUUGAAGAAAAUAUAGAUACUAAAAAAGACAAGCUAUUCGAAGCAGAUGACAAAAACGAAGUAAAAUCACGAACCGAAGAGAAAACACACUCUAAGAGCCCUGAUAAAAAUAAAAGAGUAAUCGAAAAGAAGGAACGCAAAUUAGUUCGUCAGGACAGUAUCCGAUCUACGGAGGAUACGGCGUCGUCUAAAAUGUCCAAGGAAUUAGAUCCAAAUAAUAAAAUCACACCAUUCAAAUUAACCCACGCGCCAAUGCUGCAACAUUUCCAUCCCAUACUUAGUGGAUCACCCUUAGAGACCAUACCAUCGCUGCCGGAAAGCAGUGUAGAUAGAAGUGAGAGCUUAGAUGCUGAGGGAGUUGAUACUAACAGUGUUAGCGUGUGUUGUAACUCGCAUGCAGUGUGCGAUGUUGACAGGAGCGACCGAGAGCGAGAUAGGGAGCGGGACAAGUGCGACAAGGACAAAGGGUCUCCAAGACACGCAAGACAUGAGUCGUAUGGAGGAAGGGAGCCGGUCGGAAGUGUUACAGGACAGAAUGCUUCUCUAAAUUCAUCGUCUACUCCUUUGGGUAUACAUAGACGAUCUUCGGAUUCCGAUCUCAGUGUUACACCUAAAGGCGGCUCUCUUAACGCGUCAGUUGGAAUAAUAGGAAGUGGUGGCGGGGCAAUACUGAGGCCCUCAAUGAACAGCAAUAACUUGGAAAUGCUCGAAUACCCGUUCCUUACAAUGACUGAAUAUCCACCAGGAUUUAUUGUCCAUAUUGGCGGCACAGUUUGCGCUCGGUCAGUAAAACUGGUGGAUGCUGGUGGGGAGAGUGCGGCGCGUGCGGCGUGGUGGGCGGAGCUGCGUACUGAGUUGCGUGCGCACGCGCGCGCCUUGCGGUGCACCGCCGUGCUGGCGUACAGCGAACGCGCGUCUGUGCGUGAGGACGUCUGCGUGCUAUCCGCGUCUGGCACUGCCGCCGUCAUCAACCUGGACUGCGACUUCACUCUCGAAGAACCCACAGUGGUGACGACGGGUUCCAAAAAUGCUUUGGAUGAGUGUGAAAUAGAACCGUGCUCUAUCGCGCACGUACCUUACUCGCCAGGGGCCGGGCCAUACCGCGCGGAGUUAUCCAUGUGUGGUGGAUGCAGGAGGGCCCGCGUACCCACCGUGCUUCUAGCGACGUGCGCGAAACCCAGCCGACUGAUUUCUUAUGCCAAAGCCGUCACUAUUACUGCGGUCGCGGCUCGCUGCCGUAGGGCCGUAGGGGCGGAAGCGGGUGCCAGGGACCUGUCAGACCAGUUGCCCUUCCUGGAGUACGAACUGCACAAGCUGUUGCUAGCCAAGUUGAGAAUGCAGGGCGCAAACGCAAUAUUCGCACUGCAAACGCAAAUCGCAAUAGGUGAAAGAUGCGUCAUGGCGCUGGCGAGCGGAACUGCGGUGCGAUUGGGGGCCUUGCCGCCGCCCGUGCCGCCCAGGAUAAAGGCCUCAGAGAAAGACAAGAACGCAAUAGAGAUCCAAAAGUCUCUGUGGGAAGCGUUCACUGCUAACAAGUCAGCGAAUGGCUACGACAUGGGUUCACAGGAGUACAGCACAAACGGAGUGCUACCAGAAAUAGAAGGCGAAGAAGCUCCAGUACUAGAUCUCUGCGCGGACAAAGAUGCGUGUGUUCUAGAGUUGGACGAGGCGGAAGAUGUGGAGACAGCCAAAGCGCUGGCCAUCCGUCGCAAUCACAUGCAGGUGUUCACCAACAUGCUGCGACCAGCACUCGCCGCGCCGCCGCACGCCUUCAUGCAAGUUUGGCGAGCACGCCUAGGAUCCCAAGGGUCCGGAGCAGAAAGGCUAGUUGCGAGCGCUUUGACCGGGGCCGCAUACAAGUUGAGGAGGUUACAGCCAGCGGCCCUCGCCGCACCAUCCUUCCACUUGGAACUGCCUGAGGAUGAAAUCCAGUUAGUAGUGUCGGGCACAGCCAUCCCUCUACACGACCCUUCUAAAGUGGAACACACCAAUGGAGUAGAAAAGGAAGGUGUAUUAGAGGGAGACGACGACAUCUUCGCUCUCGAUGAAGAGCAACAAGCGAAACCGUCGCCAGAAGCGGAGGAUAAGAAUAGUGGACCGGCGGCCGGCCUAGUAUCCCUAACGACUCUAAGCACGGUGGAAGGCACUAAGGUAGCCCGGCGUGUCUGCUCUUUGCGUUUGUUAUUCGUAAGAGAAACCACCGCAGUCAGAGAGUUGGGUGGACUCAGCGGCUUUCUACACACGUUCACUUGUGAGGUACUGGCGAUAGUCCGCGCGUACACGACUGCUUUGGGUGGUAACGCUUUGACGUCACUCUACCUCGCGCACCUGUUGUUACAUCAUAACGGGCACAAAAACCAGGGGCAGUGUCUUCUCUCCGUAGGCGGUGACGUAGUUCAUAUAACUUAUUAAUAUAGUUGAUAUGUUUUAUUACAUCUCGUAAUGUGUCUCCGAGUGGUGACGGCAGAUCAAAAUACAGCUGUCACCACCCGUGCUCUUCCCGCGGAUGUCGUACGAGGCGACUAAGGAAAUAUAACGGAGAGCAGUCACCAGCGCUAUUUCUGAUAUACUACCAUCUACUGAUAUCACCACCGUCUGCCCAGCGUAUUGAUUAUGGGCAAAACCGCCCGCUGGGAGAGGCAUUCAGUGAAACAUUAUUAAUAGUGCAUUAUGCUACAAGUGCGCAAAGAUGAAAAUUAAAUUGUGGAAUUAUUAAAUGGUGUUUAUCCCCGAGUGUAUUACGGAUGAAUGUAGCAUACGUUUUUCAAUAUAAUUGUAAGUACCCGAUACUUAUACAACGUGUAACCGAAUUACGAUACAAUGUUGAAAGAUUUUUAUUUAUUUAUUCAUUCAGAAUAUUGGUAAGGAUACAGAAUUGACACAAUAAACAUGAUGGCGCGAUAGCUGUUCCAAUAGUAUAAACUUUCGCAACAAGUAACGCCCACCUCCAAUACCAAUAAAACAAAAGAAGAACACAGUAAAUGCCUAUAAAAAAAAUAGAGCCAAGUAAGUCAAUUAAACAGAGACAAAUAAAAACAAUGAUUAAAUUUCAAAUAAAAAAAAAAACAAUAAAAUGCAUGGGUAUAAUUCAUAAAGAGUCACCCUGUAAAAUAUUAAAUCAAUGGAAGCUUAUUUAUUUUUCCAUACUUCAAAG